CCUUCAUAGCAAACCCAACACUUUAUUCGACUGAGAGCGAAACUAACUAUUGAAUAUGAAGAUACUCGUGCUCUUUGCUGGACUCGUCUGCGCGCUUUGCCUGUUUACUGUCGUUAAGGCCUAUCCUAUGGAUGACGUUGCUGCAAAAGCGGAGCAUGGAUCUGUGGUGGCAGAUUUAAAUGUUGAAAAUGACGCACCUCUCGGGAGCUUGAAUCGACAGAAACGUUUCACUUGCGAUUUUUUGGAGAACAAUCCGGCUUGCGCAUUCCAUUGCUGGCUUAAAGGCAAAAGUGGCGGUUACUGUAACAGCAAAAAAGUCUGUAUUUGUCGUUAGUGAGAACUAUACUUUUGGGAAAAAAAUGUAUUACAGCAAUAAUUGUGAACAUGUUUAAGAAGAUGAUAGAAAAUGUUGUAAAGAUUGUAACCGUUUUCCUAUUGUUGACUUGUAUUAUGAUAAAAUACAAAUAUUUCUCAUUAUAAAGCUAUAA